UGGAUCAUAUGUUCCAUUAACCGUUUUCCGAGAUACCUUGCUUAAGUAGAAUACUUAUAGAAUAAUCGUGGGGUCGGUUAGAGUGAAAAUACAUGAUCAUGUUGUCUCUAACUAAAUUAGUGGUAACUCCGUUAGUUAAAAAAAUGCCAAGCGCCAGUAGAAAUAAGCUAAUCCUUAUAUCUUCGGUGAGAAGUAUGUCAAAGAUGCCUGAGGAGCAAAAAAUAAAUGUGAAAGGGGUGGAUAUUAACUAUCUAAAAGUCGGCAGUGGUUCUCAUCCGGUUCUUCUUCUACCAGGUACACUAGGAUCGAUAUGGACGGAUUUCAAGCCUCAAGUGACAAACAUGGAUAGGGAGAAGUUUACGCUGAUCGCAUGGGACCCUCCUGGUUAUGGGAAAUCCCGUCCACCAAACCGAACUUUUCCGCUGGACUUCUUCGCUAGGGACGCGGGCAUUGCCUACGAAUUGAUGAAGGUUAUUGGGUACGACAAAUUCUCUCUGAUCGGGUGGAGUGGUGGCGGAAUUACUUCCAUUUUUAUGGCAGCCAACAACCCGGAGAGCAUAGAUAAAAUGGUUAUCCUUGGGACCAAUUCUUAUCUGGUACCCGAAGAACUAGCGAUAUACAAAAGUGUAAGAAACAUAGACUCCUGGUCAGAGCGCAUGAGGGCCCCGAUGAUAGACACAUACGGCGAAGGAUACUUCAGAAGUACCUGGGCCGCAUGGGUUGACGGAAUGGCGGCAAUAUUCGAGAAAAACGAUGGAAAUAUUUGCAAGGAUUUACUACCCAAGGUCAAGUGCCCCACGCUCAUCAUGCAUGGUGCAAAGGACGUUAUGCUCUGGAAAGACCACCCGACUUACCUAGAAAAGAAUAUCAAAGACUCGAAACUUUACAUAUUUCCGGAAGGUGGACACAACCUGCACCUGAGAUUUUGGGAAGAGUUCAAUCGGGUUUCCACCGAAUUUUUAAUCAACGGAAAGAUUUAGAACAUUUAUUACGGUCGGCGUUUUCUGUGCAAUGAAUCACUGCUAAUCUUCUAAUAGAUUAGGUCAUUUAAUCUGCGAUGCGAAACAAUUUGUGCAAUGGAAUAUGAAUCUAGAUCAUCCUCUUUAUUUUUGUUAACUGAUUCAAACUUGUAUCUGAGAUUUGUAAAUAAGAAAUAUAUUUUUACACCAACAUUUUUUAAUUUGCUUAUAUCGAACGAUUGUUAGCUUAAUAUUUGUCAUUUUUGUCCACAUGUAUUGGUAUUAUUAAUGUUGUACUGUAUCCGUCAACCAUUAGGAAAUUUUGAGGAAAUUACGUCUAUUAUAUUCUGAAAAUAUUUUGUUCAAAUAUCUGUGUAGUGUUGAAUUAAUAUAUUAUUUUAUUUUUGCCAAA